AUGUCUACCCCGAUAUCUCUUUUCGUGCCAGGGCGCCUUUGUUUGGCAGGCGAGCACUCGGAUUGGGCUGCCUCAUACCGACUACAGUCUCCAUCCAUUGCACCUGGAGCUGCACUUGUUGUCGGUCUUCAACAAGGUCUCCGUGCCACCGCUUCUCGCAUCGAAUCCGAUCUUGACGUGUCCUCCUCCUUGGCCGGUUUUUUUUCAAUCUCACCAUGUGAUCUUUUCACCGUUUCUCGCUCAAAAAACCCCUGGCGUCUGUCUGCGGCCGUUGGUUUUAUCAUACGCCAGCGAUAUGGAGUCACGGGUCUUUCACUCAAUGUUACUGGGCAAACUCUUCCGGCUGGGAAGGGGCUCAGCUCUUCGGCCGCAGUUUGCGUCCUAACUGCACGUGCCUUUAACGUGCUGUACCGCCUGCAUCUCACCACGUCUGGUGAAAUGGAAGUUGCAUACGCCGCGGAACGACUUACUGGAAGCCCCUGUGGAAGAAUGGAUCAGGUCGUGGCUGCAGGUCCAGGACGAAUCGCACGAAUGAAGUUUGAUGGCGAUUUCGUCGAACACCGUGUGCUAGAGGUGCCGGAUGGUCGUCCAAUUUACAUCGUUCUGGCUGAUUUGGGAAUGCAGAAGGAUACAAAAGCGAUUCUAACGGGUUUGCACCGUGCUUAUCCAGACGGAGAUUCACUAGACUGCAAGACUCUUCAAGACGCGCUUGGGGCCACAAACUUAGAACUAAUCGCUGAAAUGGAGGAGGCCAUAACACAGUCCAAACUAGAGAGGCUGGGACAGCUUUUCAUGUAUGCACAAAAAGUCUUCGAUGAUGCCGGGAUCCCGUUCUGCCCUGACGAAUUGCGGUCCCCAGCGUUACACAAAAUCUUGAAAGAUAGGGAUUUGCAAAGAUAUUCCUACGGUGGAAAGGGAGCAUGCAGUUGGCAGCCAAGGCGACGGUUCGGUGCAGUUUGUCGCGAAAGAUCACGAAAGCGCCACAAUGUUAACGCGACUGCUGCGAGAAAAACUGAGGACUGAGCCCUAUAUUGUGAGUAUUGCACAUGUUGGAGCAGAGCGAAAGGAGACGAAUGCGAUUCAAACCUUCCGAGAGAUUCCCUUGAGACCACUAGUUCAUACAGCAGUCAUCCCAGCCGCCGGUUUUGGAACUCGGCUGUACCCCGCCUCCCGAAGUAUCUGUCCAAAGGCUCUCUUCCCAAUCAUUGAUGACGACGGCUUCGCAAAGCCUCUCCUUUUGCAUCUCGUCGAGCAAUGUGCGAGGGCUGGAAUCUUGAGAGUUAUCAUAGUCACUGGACCUGGUGCACAGAAAGAGCGAGUGGAAGAAGUUUUCGCUCCAAUCUCAGCUGCCUUGGACAAUGCGCUGAAGCCUGCAAUGCGCGAGUAUGCGAAAGAGAUCACCAAAUUGUCAUCAAUGGUUGAAAUCGCAGUUCAGGAGAAACCUCUCGGGUUCGGCCAUGCUGUUGCAUGUGCCACAGUUGAAGUGGACUGUCCCUUUGCUCUCUUACUAGGUGACGUAGCGCUGAAAUCCUCACUUCAAGAGAAGUCAUGUUUAAUGCAAGCGAUCAGUGAGUUUGAGUCAAACCCUUCACGGUCCGUGAUUGGGGUCACUCAAGUACCUGUGUCAGAAGCGGUGUCCUAUGGUGUAGUAGGGACGGCAGAAGCGGACUUUGGCCUUUCCACAAGAGUUCCAAUCCAAGAAAUAAUCGAGAAACCAAGCAUGGCUAAAGCGGAGGAAUUGGGACAGGACGGCAAAUGCAGCAUUAUCUUGGGGCCUUACAUCUUGACACCGUCAGUCAUGAAAGAACUACGAAAGGAUGUUGAAGCGGAUAGGACGACAGGUGGAGAAAUACAGCUGACACCAGCUUUGGAAAAAGUAUGGCAGACGGAAGGAAUGGACUCGUAUUGUCUACGUGGAGAAGCAUUGGACACAGGAAAUGCAGCGGAAUAUGUUCGAACACUGACGAAAUUGGCAUCGCUUAACAUGUGAUCUAGCUACCUGGACAAAGGAAUCCUGAACCCUCUGCUUAGAACCAGGGCUUAAUUCAUGGGAACUGCAUCGAUGUGAAACCCCUGUAGCAAACCAGUACGCGAUAGUCUUAUCGCGUACGUGACUGCCAUAGUUUCACUAUGGUAGAUGUCAUCUUCGUCGCCAGCCACCGUGUAGUAGAGCCUGGCAUCUUCCUGGAGGCCCUGCGCAAUGGAGACAUUUAAGUGUCAUGUUUCUGUGGAGUCUCAUGAACUUCCCAGCCACAUUUGCCUUUAUGCAAUAUUAGUACACUUCGAGUCUAUGGUCCAGUUUGACUAAAAUGUUAAUACUUGUAAAUAAUAUGUA